AGUCUUGCACAGGUGUACCGGCUCCUCCCCUCCAGUCUUGCACAGGUGUACCGGCUCCUCCCCUUCAGUCUGGCACAGGUGUACCGGCUCCUCCCCUUCAGUCUGGCACAGGUGUACCGGCUCCUCCCCUUCAGUCUGGCACAGGUGUACCGGCUCCUCCCCUUCAGUCUGGCACAGGUGUACCGGCUCCUCCCCUUCAGUCUGGCACAGGUGUACCGGCUCCUCCCCUUCAGUCUGGCACAGGUGUACCGGCUCCUCCCCUUCAGUCUGGCACAGGUGUACCGGCUCCUCCCCUUCAGUCUGGCACAGGUGUACCGGCUCCUCCCCUUCAGUCUGGCACAGGUGUACCGGCUCCUCCCCUUCAGUCUGGCACAGGUGUACCGGCUCCUCCCCUUCAGUCUGGCACAGGUGUACCGGCUCCUCCCCUUCACUCUUGCACAGGUGUGCCGGCUCCUCCCCUUCAGUCUUGCACAGGUGUGCCGGCUCCUCCCCUUCAGUCUUGCACAGGUGUACCGGCUCCUCCCCUUCAGUCUUGCACAGGUGUACCGGCUCCUCCCCUUCAGUCUU